AUGGCCAGUCCUCGCACUCGUAGAGUAUUGAAAGAGUUGCGGCCUCUGAACGAAAACAAUACCUGCUUCGAAUGUGGAGCAAAUAAUCCGCAGUGGGUGUCUGUAUCUUAUGGAAUUUGGAUAUGCCUUGACUGUUCUGGACUUCAUCGUGGUCUCGGAGUUCAUUUAAGCUUCGUACGUUCUGUAACAAUGGAUAAAUGGAAAGAUGUAGAACUAGCCAAGAUGCGAGUGGGUGGAAAUAGGAAAUUUCGAGAAUUCCUUGAAAGUCAACCAGACUAUCGCGAGGACUGGUCACUCCAUGACAAGUACAAUUCACGCGCAGCGGCUCUAUUUAGGGAUAAGUAUGCCUAUUCAUGA